AUGUCUUCCAGCAACCAGCAGCCAGAUUACAUUCGCAAAGUUGCUCUCAUCGGCGGCUCCGGACAAGUCGGCUCCUACAUCCUCACUCACCUCCUCGGCACCUCCAAGCACCAAGUCACAGUCCUAACCCGUCAGUCUAGCGAUGCUUCCUUUACCACCAACGACAACCUCACCGUCGUCAAAGUUGACUAUGAUGACGACUCUGCCUUGACAGAAGCCCUUCGCAACCACAACUUCCUCAUCAUAACCCUCAGCGCCCGCGUCCGAGACUCCCUGCACCCCCGCAUCGUCGCUGCAGCAGCCAAAGCCGGAAUACGUUGGAUCAUGCCAAACUACUUCGGCUACGGCCUCAAUGACCGGAAACUCGGUAAGCAAGAUGAACUAGCCGACUUCAUGCGGUUCAUCGAGGAUGUGGAAAAGACGCCUGGAGUUGACUACAUCGCUCUCGUAUGUGGCUUUUGGUACGAGUUCAGUUUAGCCAUGGGGGAGCGUUGGUUGGGCUUUCGUAUUCGAGAGAGGAGUCUGACGAUGUAUGAUGAUGGGAACAAGAAGAUCAGUAUGAGUACGUGGGAUGCUUGUGGGAAGGCUGUUGCUGGGUUGCUGUCGCUUCCCGUGCAAGCAGAUGGCGAGGAAUCUGCUGUGAGCUUGGAAACCUGGAGAAACGAGGGUUUGUAUAUCUCGUCGUUCCUUCUUUCUCAACGCGACAUCUUGGAGAGCUUGCAUCGUGUGUUGGGUACUACGGAUCAGGAUUGGAAGAUUACGUAUGAGCCUAUUGAGAAAAGGUUGGAAGAUGGGAAGAAGGAGUUCAAGGAGGGGAAGAUGUUGGGGUUUGCCAAGGCGCUUUAUGCGGAGGUGUUUGCGCGUGAGUGGAGCGAUUAUGAGACGGGGAGGGAAUUGGAUAAUGGGAAGGUGGGGUUGGAAAAAGAGGAUUUGGAUGAGGCUACGAGGAGGGCGGUGGAGAUGGCGAUGGGACCGAUGGGGGAGAUUGAGGGGAAGCUCAGCAAGUAA